AUGGGUGGGCUGGGUAUACGGCCGUGGAGAAGGCCUGUUUGUUCGACUGCGGCAGACUGGCCUUUUGUACGGGGCCGUUUGGAGCGUGGCCGUUUGGAGCGUGGCCGUUUGGAGCGUGGCCGUUUGGAGCGUGGCCAGUUGGAUACGGCUCUUUGUUGGAGUGCGGCCGUUCGAGGAUGGGUGCCUGAGCAUGGCAGCCUGGCUGCGCGGAAAAGCAAGAUGCUGAAUAUGUAUUCGUUAUCCAGUCAAUACUUUGGAAGAAUCGGUCUCGCUUUCCCUGGUCCAAAGCUCAGUCUCCUCAACCAAUAUGAAAGCACUGUUAGACCACAAAUGAUACAAACUCUUAGCCAGUUACAGAGCAGAACCAGGAUACACUCUGAGCAACUCAACAGCAAACUACAGACCAGAAAAAUCAAAAAAAAAAACCUCACCUGGUCAUCCACAGAAGUGCCCUCGCUGCUGUCAUCAACUGUAACAGGGGCCACUAGCCCUAGGCGCACGGCGACGAUUGUCCCAAAGACUGCAAUGAGCCCUUGCAGUGCUUAUCAAAAACGGAGCGAAAGCGGAGCUAGGCUCAUCCGCUUGGGCUCUGGCCCGCCGAGCCCUCCGCCGGGCCCUCGCAACUCCUUGAAGGGGGGUCAUUGUAGUAGCUCUAGAGAGCCCCUAGUCUCUGGACCUUACUUUGACCCGAGUGCCUUUGGGGAUUUCGCAGCUCGAGUCUCGGCCCUCAAGGAGGUCCCCCCUCCAGCAGGAUCAGGAUCAGGACCAGGAUCAGGAUCAGGUGUUAUCAAGGCCUGA